GGUGGCACUUUGUCAAAAGAAAACAUUUUCUUUAAAAACAUGGUGGCAUCUCAGUGAAAAGGGUGUUCAUUUCCAAUAGUCAUAAGAAAUAUUAAGAAGCUUAUUAAGCAAGAGUGUUUGAUACAAUUUGUAAACACCGCACCAAUAAGCUUCCCAAAUUAAACAAUGACGUCCGAAGAUAUCCAGAUUUCCGAAGAAUUGAAGGGUUGUUACGAGAACCUUAUUGUUAUCGACAUCGGCGCAAACCUGACGAACAAGAAAUACGGCCGUGAUCUCGAUUCGGUGGUGCAAAGGGCAAAAGAUGCAGGUGUCCAAAAGAUCAUGGUUACUGGCACAUCAGUCCGCAGCAGCAAGGAAGCACUGAGAUUGACCCGUCUAUAUCCCAGCACAAUAUAUUCCACAGCAGGUGUUCACCCUCACGAUGCAAAAUCAAUGACAGAUGAAGAAGCGUGGACGGAGUUGACAGCGACGGCAGCGGCGCCCGAGUGUGUAGCGAUCGGAGAGUGUGGUCUCAACUAUACCAAGGACUUCUCAGAGCCACAGGUGCAGAGGGAUGUGUUCAAACGACAGGUGGAAAUGGCCUGUGAACUCCGAAAACCAGUCUUUGUCCACGAAAAAGAAGCUCAGGACGACUUAAUAAAGAUCCUGGACGAAUUCGGCAACCGCCUUCCACCAGUAGUGAUCCAUUCCUUCACAGGCUCAGUAGAGCAAGGGAUCAAGUACAUAGAGAAAGGGUUUUAUUUGGGUAUCACGGGGUAUAUCUGUAAGGACAAGUCCGAUGGUGGAAUACGGCGGUUGCUUUCGGAGAGGAUACUGCCUUUGGACAAGUUGCUGGUUGAGACUGACUCUCCGUUCAUGUACCCUAAUAUGAGGGCUUCCAAACUGCCGUUGCAUGUUAAGGAUUCGCUUACAGAAAGAUCCAUGAACUUCGUGAACCGCUACUGCACGUUCCAACGCAACGAGCCCUGCGCUUUACCAGCCAUCGUGGAACUGAUCGCGGGCUUCCUGGGCCAGGGGCCUGAGGACGUGGCCCUCGCUACUGCUUUCAACGCGCUCAAACUCUUCGGACUCAGCCAGUAACCUGAACUGGAGUGGCCUCAAUCCAUAACAGCUGUAUUUGGACAUGUGGCCCUGGGUAACGCGCUUAAGAUCUUGGGGCUCAGCCAGUAGUAACAUUGGAUUGGGCUGGCCUCAGUCUCCUAGCUGUGGUGUAGACACAGUGUCCCUGGCCACUGCCCUUAAGAUCUUAGGACUGAGCCAAGAACCGUAGGCUGGACUUCAGUGCCUUAAGUGCUCUUUUAUGGAGACGCGGCGAGUUGCGCGUCGCGUUGUGAUUUGCGGCGCGCGUUUCUACGCCAGUUAACAAGCAAACGCUUCUGCAGGAACACUCUCAUACUUGGCCAUAUGUUUAGGUUAACAGCGUGACGCGACGCGUCGCCAUAAGAGCUCUAAGGGUAACAUUUCGAGUUAACGUUAACGUUGCGUAAAUCUAGCAAAUCAUAACCUUUUCUCGAAAAUUUACGUCCAUAAGAAAUGGUGAAUUUACUCACAGUUAGCGUUAACUAUAAAACUUAUACAAAAGUAUGUAGCCUCAGUCUGUAACUGUGGACAAGGCCUCAUUCAACGAACUCAGUGACAGAUAACAGGCCUUCCAGUCAUUCCUACAAGGUAAUGUGACAUGGAUAUGAUUGCAAUAUUUGGAACUUGUAAUAUUACAUACAUAGUUAUAGACGUCCUAUUUCACUAUGACUGAAAAUAGACAAAAACACAGUACAGAGGCAUUUUAAACGCUUAAAAUAAGUGGAUUUUAUCAAAUAUUGAAAACUUUGGGAACCUUUCGAGGGUCUGAAAAAUCUAAGAAUAUUCAUGCCAAUGCGAUUUAGAUUUUGUGUUUUAAUAUGUUAGAUGGCUCAUGAAAAUCACUAAUCUACUUCAAUGAAAUAGAUUUAGCGAAUCACAUGUAUAUUUCUCUAGUUUAAAAUAUAUUCAAGUUCCAAAAGCAAUCAUUUCCAGGUUGACUAAAUAUAAGAAUAUUUAAGAAUCGAAAUCAUCAUUCAUGGCCUUAUUUACGCAAUUUUAAUGUGCCUUUAGAAAUCAUAAACUUUAUAUGAUUAUAAUCGUAAAAAGAAUGAUAAGUAUAUUUUAAGCAAUUUUAUGUUACCCAAUUUAUUGGAGAUUUAUUUAUUGAAUCUUCGGACGUCAAAAAAAAAAAAUUGAUAAAGCGAAAAAAAAAAACGAUUAUUAUACUCAUGUUAACUCGUAUAUGAAUUGAAAAAAAAAAAAUUGGACUUUUGAAGAUGUAUUUGAUGAGACAAGACAGGGUAUGUGGAAAUAUUUGACAUUUAUUUAAUGGUUUAGAUAUUGAAGUGAUAAACUCAAGAAAUGAAAAGGAGAGGGAUAAAACGUGAUCAUUUUCUAGAAAAGCAGGAAGAUUAUAGACAACUUUACUAUUUCAUAAUAGUUUAGUUUAAAUAAUAAUCAAAUGCUAGAACAACAAGAUAAGAAAUGCUACCAAUUCUUAUAGUUUACUUUAAAUAGCAUGUCCUUUUUGACAUGGUAAAUAUAUUUGACAUGACUGUAAACCUUGGUAGUAUUUUGUUUUAAAACGUUUUAUGGUGGAAGAUAUUAUAAUAAGACGGAUUUUUAAUAUGAAUUCGAUAUUAUGUCAUUAUUUUGACUUUUGUCGAAUUGCUUGGAUCGCGUGCCCUGCCUUGUUUAGACUGUGACAUUAGAGGCUAUUUACCUUUUUCCACCCUAAGAAAAUAAUAUUGCAUUGAAUAAUCUUGCCAUCGAUAAGUAUAAAAAAUAAGAUUCGUGCCUCUCUAGUUAAAUUAAAAUGCCAGCCAGGUUUAAUCUAAGUUAUGACAA